UCUGAAAAUUAAAUUAUCAGAAUUUGCUACUGUAGGUUUAGCUUUUAUAAUGUUCUUGUGUUUUUAUCAUAUAGUCUCUUCUUCUGUCAAACAGGUACAAUGGAAGCACAUGGUUCCUGUCUUGUUUUGGCGCAUGUGUAUUAGGAUAUUGGAGAAAAGUUGCGUGUAGGUUCUCUACGCAAUCGAGAUGCCCCACACGUGACGCCGGUAUGCUUCACGUUCUUCAUUAUUAUUAUGAGAGAGAUGGCUCGACGUAACGUAAAUAGAUAACGGUGUCUUUGAACGAAGAUGCUAGCCCGCACGCUUCAGAAGGAACUUCACUGGCUUUAGUACCCUGUUGGCAGUUCUACCGGCUUCACUGAUCUUAGUUUGCUCAUGAGAUUUCACUCAGUUUAUAUUGGCAACAUUUGGAAUUUCAACAUCUUGGCGCUGAUAUGGACAGAGCUAGAUUAGCAUACGUGACGGCAGUGGUGGUAGGUGCAGGAACUGCAGUGGUCCUGGUAUGGCUAUGGUGGACCCGGAAGAAGCAAGAACGAGUACCAACAAAAUGGCGAAAAGUCGGUGAGCUCAGUGACCUCAUAGCAUUCCCAGUUAAAUCAUUGGGCGCUGCAAGAAUGACAGAAAUGGAGUGUACGCAACUGGGUUUGAAGUCCGGAUGGUUACGUGAUCGGACACUUAUGGUGAUUGAUUUGGAUGGACAAUUUGUAUCUGGAAGACAAUUACCCCGGAUGGUCCAGGUAUCACCCAGUAUGUCUGGUUCCAUCCUAACCUUAAAAGCACCUGGAAUGAUGGCUGUGUCCGUCGACUUGGCUCAUCUCCGUGGAAAAGGAUUCCGUGCUGCUGUAUGGGGACAGGCUGUACCUGCCUGUGACUGCGGUGAGGAACCGGCACGUUGGCUGUCCCGUUUUCUUCUUCAGGAAGAUACCGGACUCAGACUCGUUUACUAUCCGUUAGAUCGACCGGCUCGUGAAGUCCGAACGAAAAACAAGGCAUUUCCGCUAACUAUCACUGCCGAUACGGGAGCGUAUCCGGAUGCCACCAGCUACUCCUUGAUAAACGAGGCAUCCAUUAAUGACCUUAAUACUCGUCUCGAGGAACCGGUCACGCCUCAACACUUUAGGGCCAACUUUGUUGUCAAGGGUGCUGAGCCCCUGGAAGAAGACACUUGGGACUGGGUCAAGAUCGGCAAUGCGGUCUUCAGGAACGUCAAGCCUUGCACUAGGUGCAUAUUUACUACGGUGGAUCCAGAGACUGGAAAGAAAAAUCCUAAAAUUGAACCGCUCAAGACUCUUAAAGGAUACCGUCAAAUUCAAGACCCUGAUAUUCAACCCUAUACCGGUGAUAGUCCUGUUAUGGGUAUUCAUCUGGGUCUGCGAAGUCCUGUUUCUGUUGUGCGCCUUGGUGAUCCUAUUUUUGUGAAUGUUCCCGAGGAAGAGAGUCCUGUCAGUUCACCCCCAUAGCUACACCGCUGGGGCUCCUGUGAACAUGAACUAAUCCUUGAUAAGGGCAACACUAACCUCAUUGCAGACAAAGACACGUGAUAGAUGCAAAAAUGAAAUUGAGUGGUCAUAGCUCUACCGAAAACUGUAUGUUUGCAAGAAAACGCUGAUUGGACGUAUACCUAAUGUCAGUAAUACGAGUAAAUUGACAAUACGACUAACCAACAAAUGGUGCCAAAAUUAAAAGGUACCUGGCAAAUUCAUAUGGGUAGUGUGUAAUUGUCGUUAUACGUAUUUUUAUACAAUAUUUAUAAAUAAUGGCUUAAGAUAUGAACUAAGGGAAGGGACCGGAAAGAUUCUUUAUAAUGACAAAGUAACGCAAUAUUAUUAUUACAAUAAUAUUUAUUUACACUACAAAAUAACAGGGACGAUUUACACAUUGUUGCUCGGCUGAAACCGACGACGAGUUUGCGUGUACAUUGUCAUAAUUACAAAAAAAAAAAAGAAAAAGAGAGAAAUAAAAUGGAGAAUCGUCCUUCUCUAAA